AAAAAGUAACUUACGUUUGGAAAAUUUUCCCCUCAUAGGCUCAAACGCAUUAGGCAAUUUUACAAGGACAAGCGACAUUACUUCAGGAAACCGUUUCUCUUCCCUCAUCCAACGCCCUUCUCUGAUACAAGACUAACUUUAGUUGAAGGAAAGCUUUUGUUUUUCAGCACAAGAAAUAAUGGGUAAAUUCUUGACUGCGAUGACUCACCUUCAUACUCUUGCCGGGCCAUCGGUGAUGUUGCUCUAUCCUCUAUAUGCAUCAGUAGUGGCUAUGGAGAGCAAAUCGAAGUUGGAUGAUCAGCAAUGGCUAGCAUACUGGAUUCUCUACUCUUUUCUCACUCUCAUGGAGAUGGUCCUUCAACCUGCUCUUGAAUGGAUACCUAUUUGGUAUGAUGUGAAGCUAGCAAUGGUGGCAUGGCUAGUUCUUCCCCAGUUCAGAGGAGCUGCAUUUAUUUAUGAAAAAUUUGUUAGGGAAAAGCUCAUCAACAGAUAUGGAGCUCAAUAUUUCAGAGAGAAAUCUCCCCCUCUUGCCAAGGUGAACGUGAAACGCAGUGAGGACUGACUACUGAGGAGGCGAAUUUAUGUGGAACCGUUGCGAGCUCGUUUUGUAAUCAGCGAAAAACACUCUGUAUUUCAUCUGUAAUAUCAAAAUAGGAAUUGAUGAAAGAUACUGUGGAUUUUGUAUCCUGACUUUUAAAGUUUGUAAUAAUCUGUUUGCUUGUCGA